AUGAGUAAUACCAUGACGAGUAAUGAAGGUAUGAGGUUGAUCGCAGAUGAUGACUCUAGGUUCUACCGGAAGGGAAAAUCUCUGGGCAAGGGUAACUACGGCGAGGUUUUUGAGGUGACAAACUCAAACCACCAGGUCCAAAAGGUGACAACCUUGAGUCAAGAUUGGUCCAGAAACCGGGAGCUCCAAGUUUGGCGCAACGCAUGUAAAGGGACAAAGCACGUGGCCCGGGUGUAUGACGCCUCGUUCAACAGAGUGGCGGGUGAGGUCCGCAUCUACACGGAACUGCUCGAGGGAGGCGACGUGAAACAUUUGAUGCUCAGCAUAGAAAGACACACGCCACGGCAAAUGGUGCACCCGGCCAUCGUCUACCUCAUAACUAGCCGUGCAGCUGGCCCGGGCGCUCUCCGAGAUUUAACAGCGCGGGAUCCUCCACCGGGAUAUCAAGCUAGACAACCUCCCAAGGCUCCCAAGACAGUCGCGUACCUCAGCAAUGGCAUCAGGCCUGAAUCGCGCAUGCGCUUCCUCCCUUGCAUGCAUUCAUCCAGUGACGCUGCUGCGGACUCAGUCACGGCUGACCUUGAAACAGACCGCUGA